AGGCUGGAGGGAGGCAGCUGUUGCCAUUAUUUUACCAGCCAGCUCAGAUACAUCAGCGGCUUCACCCUCUCUGGAACAGAAAAAAAAGAUGAGUCUGUCGACACCAUCAUAAACACACGAAACUGAAAAUAGAUUUUAAAAAGUUAAAUCAAUGGUACAGAAAAGUAGUAUGUCCAGGACGCCUUCGACCUCAACCCAGGAGAUCCAAAUGGACAUGUUCGACCAUCAUCCACACACACAGGGAAAGUACGGCAAGAGGAAGAGCCGAUUUAAGCGCUCGGAUGGAAGCACCUCCUCUGACACCACCUCGAACAGCUUUGUCCGACAGGGCUCUGCAGACUCCUACACCAGCAGGCCGUCAGACUCAGACGUGUCCCUGGAGGAGGACCCUGAGGCACUGAGGAAGGAGGCAGACAGACAGGCCCUCGCCACACUCGAGAAAGCAAAGACCAAACCGGUGGCAUUUGCUGUGCGGACAAAUGUCGGUUACAACCCCGGCCCCAGUGAUGACGUUCCUGUGCAGGGCAUGGCCAUAUCCUUCGAAGCCAAAGACUUCUUGCACAUUAAAGAGAAAUACAACAACGACUGGUGGAUCGGACGUCUGGUGAAGGAGGGCUGUGAGGUGGGCUUCAUCCCCAGCCCGGUCAAACUGGAGAACACCCGUCUGCUGCAGGAGCAGAGGAUGAGACAGAACCGACUCAGCUCCAGUAAAUCUGGAGGAAGCUCCAGUCUGGACGUUGCCACGGGAACCCGCAGGCCCACCCCACCAGGCACAGCCCACGUGGACGUGUCCACUGUGGCCUUUGACGUUGACCCCCUCGACCUGGAUGCUGAGGAGCCCCCUGAGUCCCAGGGUGACCCUCGCUCCCCCAAGGCCAUGUCAGGCAGCGUAACAUCCCCUCAGGCCAACGCACACCGACUGCCCUUCUUUAAGAAGAUGGAGCAUGUCCCCCCCUAUGAUGUGGUUCCCUCCAUGAGACCCAUCAUCCUAGUCGGGCCGUCACUCAAAGGAUACGAGGUGACAGACAUGAUGCAGAAAGCUCUCUUCGACUUUUUGAAACACAAGUUUGAGGGCAGGAUAUCCAUCACACGGGUGACAGCGGACAUCUCCCUUGCCAAACGUUCAGUCCUCAACAACCCCAGCAAACACACCAUCAUUGAGCGCUCCAGUACCCGCUCCAGCCUGGACGUACUGGCGGAGGUGCAGAGUGAGAUUGAGCGUAUCUUUGAGCUGGCCCGCACCCUCCAGCUGGUCGCUCUGGAUGCAGACACCAUCAACCACCCCUCUCAGCUGGCUAAGACCUCCCUGGCUCCCAUCAUUGUCUAUAUCAAAAUAGCUUCACCCAAGGUCCUCCAGAGGCUCAUCAAGUCUAGGGGGAAGUCCCAGGCUAAACACCUAAAUGUGCAGAUGGUGGCAGCAGACAAGUUGGCCCAGUGUCCACCUGAAUUGUUUGACAUCAUCCUGGACGAGAACCAGCUGGAGGACGCCUGCGAGCACCUGGCCGACUACCUGGAGGCGUACUGGAAGGCGACACAUCCCCCGAGCAGCAACCCUCCAAACCCUCUGCUGAACCGUACCAUGGCCACGGCAGCCCUGGCCGCCUCCCCUGAGCCCGUCUCCAACCUGCAGGUACAGGUGCUCACCUCCCUGCGCAGAAAUAUGGAUCUGUGGCCUGACAUGGACGGUGCUGUAGCCAGCGAGGGGAAAGAGGAAGAACAUGCUCUCUGAAGUCGAGCAGAGAGAGUGGGGGGGGA